GAGUAGGUAUUUAUAGCCACGGCCUUGGCUCGCCCUUUUGCAUGUAAUCCAAUCCAAGAGCACAGGAGCUUCCCACACCCCUCAGAACACGGCCCUAAGCUUGCUCUGCCGAUUAUAAGGCCCUCAGUCCUGCCAGUGGGAACCAGCGAUGUCUCCCUUCGACCCCCACCUGCAAAUCCAUACUCCAGCCCCCUCCUCCCUCAGACCCAGGAAUCUGAGUCCCCAGCCCCCUCUGGACCUUUGCCUGCUGGGCACACUGCCGAAUCCCAACACCUCUGUCCCCGUUCCCAGCACCCCAGAGGCCCCCGCCUCUUUUUCUUCAAACCCAGGAGUCGAGGUCCCCAUCCCUCUCCUUUCUUGGAUCCAGGAAUCUGGGCCCCCAGUUUGAACUUUUCACUCCCCUGAACUUGACUCCAGUUGCUGCGUCAGGGAAAAAGUAGGUGACAGGUGGCACCUGCCGGCAGGGCCGGGACACGACCACCUGCCGCUGCUGCUCACUCGGCGCCCCUCUCCGGGCACCUGCUUCUGUCAGUCCGCCUGCCACCGCUCCACCCCACCCCACAGCCCCAGGACGCGCAGGGGGAGCGAGCCGGGGAACCCUGGCGUCCCCCCUCUACCCCCCAGCAUCCCCCCAGGCCCGCUCAGGCCCUCCCAGCGGGUGCUCCCACCCCUUCUCAGGGUCCCCAGCGGGGCUCCCGGCACACCCCAGGAAGGUGGGUUGGAGGCGGUCCCAGGCUGGUGGGGCGGAGCCUGCGGUGUCCAGCCUCGGCCUCUAGACUCAUCCUGCCCCAGAGCACAGCUUCGCCGAGCCCACCUGGUGAGAAGCCCCUGGGGUGGACGGGGGGCGCACUCCUCAACGGUUCUGUCCCCUCUCUGGUCCCAGUCCCUUCCCCAGAGACCCUGAUGGCUGACACCCCACUCACUCCUUCUCAGAUACAGGUCACAGGGACCCUUCUGUUCCUCAGAAACCUAUCAGGGCCGGGUUCCCCUCUCCACUCAGGAUCUUGGAUUCUCUUCUUAGAGUAUUGAGUUCCAGCCCUUAACCUCCUUCUCCUUCAAGAUUCCAGAGUUCAGGCCCCACUGCUUCCUCCCUUUCCUUGAUGCAGGGGUCCCAACCCACAAUCCCUUCCUCCUCAGGACCUAGGAUUCCCAGAUCCCAGGUCCCUCCCCUCCCAGGAUACCGGAGUUGAGGCCCUCAGCCCCUGUCUUUCAGACCAGGGGUCUAGGUUCCCAGCUCCCUCCUACCUCGGAGCAAGGUGUCCGGGUCUGCAGUCCCCUCCUCUACAGCCCCUGGGAUCCAGAAGUUAUGGCCCAAGGCUGCUCCUAUUCCCACCUCCCUCGGGCCCUUUCCCUGCUGAAUUCACUCACAGGGGCAGCCUUCUGACCUCCACUCUGAGCCAGCCCACUAUGGGGCCCCUGCCCUGCCCCCUCUCCGUCCAGGUCCCCAUCCCGGCCUUGGCAAUGACCCUGGCGGCUUCCUCCCAGCGUUCCCAAAUCAUUCGCUCCAAGUUCCGAUCUGUCCUCCAGCUUCGGAUCCACAGACGGAAUCAGGAGCAGAAUCCAGGAGUUCAGGCGCCCAGCUCCCAGCACUCAAGUCUUGCGCCCUGGCCUGCCCUCCCGCACCCCGGGGCCCCGCUUUCCACACAGCCUUGCUCCUCCCGGCCUGGCUUGCUGCCUGCAGGCCUCUCAGGGUCCUUCAUCGUCUCUCCAGUCUCGGAUCCAGACCCGUGGAUCUCAACCUCAGGCCCUCCUCUGGCCCCGGCCUUGCCCUCAGGCACGGCCCCUUUCCUCUUCAGCCCUGGGGUCCUGCUCCCCGAGCCAGAAUAUUGUCCUCCUUGGAGGUCCCCAAAGAAGCCCCGGGGCAGCAAGGUGGGAGCGGCGCUGAAGCCUAGCACAUCAUACCUGCUCUUCCAGGAGUCUCCCAAGAUCUCCCAACGCUGGAGGGAGUCCAAGCCCAGGGGGAACUUGACAUACCACCAGUACAUGCCCCCAGAGCCGAGACAGGGAUCCAGGGCGGACCCCCAAGCCGAGGGGUCCGCCCUGGGUCCUCCCGGGCCACCUCUGUGGGAAGGGACAGACUCGCAGCAGCCACAUCCUAGGAUGAAGCCCUGUGUUCUCACUCCCUGCCCACCAGGAGUCCCUAGCCCCUCGCCCCCUCCACACAAGUUGGAACUUCAGACCCUUAAACUGGAGGAGCUGACGGUCUCAGAGCUCCGGCAGCAGCUGCGCCUGCGGGGCCUCCCAGUGUCGGGGACCAAAUCCAUGCUCCUGGAGCGCAUGCGCGGCGGCGCCCCGCCCCGCGAGCGGCCGAAGCCGCGGCGCGAGGACACUCCCGCGGGUGCUCCCUGGCCGCGCCUCAGGCCCAAGGCCCUGGCAGCCGCCCGGCGUCAGGGCUCGGUCAAGCCCAGCGCAGCAUCUCACAGGCCACCUCUUCCACGUGCGGUGGAUACCCCGGGCACGGCGCCGGCUCCAACUACCACUUCGGCUCCUGCUGCAGCUCCAGCCCUGAACCCUUCCUCAGCGCCGGGCUCACCGGCUCUGACUCUGGAGGAGGAGCUACAGGAAGCGAUCCGGAGGGCGCAGUUGCUUCCGAACCGGGACAUCGAUGACAUCCUGGAGGAUCAGGUGGAGCCUGAUGACCCCCUGCCCCCCAUUCCCCUGGACUUCCCUGGCUCCUUCGACGUGCUGUCCCCUUCCCCGGACUCUGAAGGCCUCUCGUCUGUUUUCUCCUCUUCACUCCCAUCUCCCACGAACUCCUCCUCCCCUUCUCCCAGGGACCCCACGGACUCCCUGGACUGGCUGGAGGCCCUGAGCGGGGGUCCUCCUCUGGGUUCUGGUCCCCCACCCCCCAGCAUCUUCUCUGCUGACUUAUCUGACUCCAGCAGCAGCCGGCUGUGGGACCUGCUGGAGGAUCCGUGGUGAUGGAUUCUGGGAUUUACAGAGACAGAGAACUGGUGGGGGUGGAGAGAAGCUCUUUGGGGGAGGAGAGGGAACUACCAGCAGAGCCCCUCCUACCGCAGACACAGGAUGGGAGACAACCUCCAACCCCACCUGCCUCCUGAAGUGCUGCUGACAUGCAAUGCAACUGCCUGAACUUUGCCUACCUGGCCUCCUUAUGAUCCCCCUCCGGGAUGGUACGGUUUGGGGGCUUCUUUUGCUGCUGGCCACAGCAAACAAGCUGCUUGCUGCUUCCUUCAGAGGCCUCAUGGAUGUUUUUACAUGCUCCCGACCCCAGUAGAUGGCUGUCUGUUGUUUGGGGAGCCUGGAAGGUGGUUAUGUCUUUUGAAUGCAGGAGAGGAGCAAGAAAGAGUGGAGAGGGAGAAAGGGGGAGCCAGACCCUGACCUCCCGGGGUUGUGGUUGGAGAUGAAAAAAUUAGAAGCAUCAGGUCUAAGAUCAGCUUCUCUUGGAAGCAGAGUCUGAGACAAGAUAUAAAUGCCAGUGAUUUAUUAAA